AGUAACACCAUGCAUGUUUCUGACUCGGUAAGUCCACCUGAAAGACGCUAUGGGACCUGAAAGUUGGAGAAAAGUGAACGAGUGAGAGGGAACAAAAGGUUUUUGUAGAGGUUUUGGUGGCGAGCUGUGUGUGUUUUUGUAGCUUCCUCUUCUAUACCCCCGCAAACAGAAGUACCGUAAAAGGGAGGGAGAAAGAAAGGAGGGAAGGCUGGUUAAGUGAGUGUGUAGUACGCCUUUCUCUCUCACUUCUCUGUUCUUUAAGAGCUUUACCACUCCAGCCAACAUCCUGGAGCAGGCCACUCUUCCCUCUGCUCUCUUCCAGACCCAUGCAUGGACUCCAGCAGCUUGAAAAGGCGACCCUGCAGCGAGCAACUUUUUUUUUUAGAAGGGAGAUAAAUGUUUGAAAUCUGCUGCUGGCUUCCUGGGCAGAGCCACAUGUGCCGGGUGAGUGGUGGAGUUAGAGAACAAUCCUCUGUUUCCUGAGUGUGUGUUUUCUGUCUGCCCUCAUGCAAAGCAGCGGGAGCUUGAAUUGGCCUCCAGAGGACUUUUGAUGCAACGGCACAGAGGAAGAGUAGCCAAAUAAGGACAAGUAAAAAGUUAUAAAACAGAGAGUGGAGCAGCAGGAGUUGGAUUGAAAAAGCAGAAACAGAGAAAUCUAGUAAGGAGUUUCUGCAAAAGGACUCGUCCGUUUCACCAGGUGGUGCAGCCUCCUGCUUCAGCCCACCCCCUCUUUCCCCCGUUUCUCUCUAUUUUGACUUUGCCCUGACAUGGGCCGCCUGCUGGCCCUGUCCCUCGCCUACCUGGCCUACCUGUUGGCCUCUUCACUUGCAUCACAGCGCCAGCAGCACCACAUGCAGCACGGCCCCUGCAGCUACACCUUCAUCCUCCCAGAGGUGGACCACUGCCGGCCCUCAGAGGCAUACCAGGUGACCAAUACCCUGCAGAGGGACUCUCCACCGGAGGCUGAGCAUGACCCCAGCCAGUCCAAGCAAGGUCAGGCUCAGGGGGAACGGCCCUCAUGGCAGCAGAAGAAGCUGGAGACUCUGGAGAGUGCCAUGGAGAAUAACACACAGUGGUUACAGAAGCUGGAGAACUUCAUCCAGGAGAAUGUUCGCUCGGGUGUGGAGGAAAUAAAACGGUCCACAGUCCACACUCAGACUGCCGCCAUGCUGGAGAUGGGUACCAACCUCCUCAGCCAAUCAGCAGAGCAGACUCGCAAACUGACAGAUGUUGAAACACAGGUGUUGAACCAGACGAGUCGCCUAGAGAUCCAGCUGCUGGAGUACUCGCUCUUUACAAACCGUCUGGAGAAGCAUAUUCUCCUCCAGACUCAAGAGAUCUCACGACUCAGCGAUAAAAACAGUUUUCUGGAACAGAGGCUUUUGGCGCUCGAGGCUCGGUAUGGCAAGGAGCUCCAGGGUCUGCAGAGUGAAAAGCAGCAACUUCAAGAUCUUCUGGAGCGGCAGAGUAGUCUGGUGACCCAGCUCCAGGGUGAACUUGGAAGUUCUACGCUCAACAGCACUACGCUACAAAAACAGCAAGCGGUGCUCACAGACACGGUUCAGCAGCUGUUGGCUAAAGUCAGUCAGUGCAAUGAAAUCUCCGACGUUCCCAGGAAGAAGUCACUCACUUUCAGAGACUGUGCAGACAUUCUACGAUCUGGGGUGAAAGAAAGUGGAGUGUAUCCCAUUCAUCUGUACAACACCACCCAGGAUGUCAAGGUGUUUUGUGACAUGAAGACCAGAGGUGGAGGCUGGACGGUGGUGCAGCAUCGAAGAAAUGGCUCUGUUGAUUUCCAUCGUGGUUGGAAUGACUACAAAACGCAUAGAUGGAGAGGCAAACAACUACAGCCUUCAUGUGAAAGGGUUUGGUGGAACCGCAGGCAGAACCAGCAGCCUGGCCCACACAGGAAGCCAGUUCAGCACCAAGGACAGAGACAAUGACCGCUGCACCUGCAAGUGCGCGCAGCUGGCAUCAGGAGGAUGGUGGUUUGAGGCUUGCGGCCCUUCCAACUUGAACGGCAUUUAUUACCCCAGCUCGUCAAAUGUGGUUCGCUACAACGGCAUUAAGUGGUACUACUGGAAAGGUCCGAACCUCAUGGCCACCAUGACUACCAUGAUGGUGCGCCCAGCUAACUUUUGAUGUCGUGGCUCUUGGCUCUUGAUUACAAACUGAAGGACAAAGCCCAGAAAGUGUUGUGGUUUGUGGAAAAGAAACUUUUAUCAUCUUUUAAAGAUGAAGGUGCGAGAGAGAAAGUAAGAUUUAAAACCAAAAAGUACACCCCCUUAACAGCUUCAGACAUGUGACUUUCCACCUUUUUCACUUUAUGAACACACUGAUGUACUCCUAAUUUAUUGGUUUUGCAAAGAAACCAAAACAUUUGGACUGAGCAUAGGAAAAUCUUGUUGUUUGAAGAAAAUCACAUAAUUCAUGUCCCAUUGGAAAAUGACAUUUGUUGGUUGGUCGUUCUAAUUUCCAUUCAAACGGCAAAAUAAUCAUUUGAAUUAAUAUUAUUAAAAUGAAAGAAUAUUUUAGCAAACACAUGAGAAUAUCUCAACGGACUGUGGCUUCUGUUUAAUAGAGAGAGAGAGAUAACCCACAAACCAUUAAUCCAAAUGUGUAUAAUGUACAUAACACAGAUUACUGUGGUGCAGACAGACCUCUCUAUACAGAGAGAACAUUUCGGGAUUUGAUUUCGAACAAGGUAAGUUAAGCUUUGAUGUGGACCUUUGCAAACAAAUUCCCUGAAGGGUGAGAAGAGUGAAGUCUUAAGGUUUAAGCCCAGUGUAAACAUGUUACGUUACACAUUUAAACAUUUAAAAGGCUGAAUGUUGGAUCAGUUGUUGUAAAGUUUAUUGACAUCAUAUAUAAACAGCAGAGAUGUUUUCAGCCAUGACUGCAUUCAGUGAUGUGAUUAACAGACAAGCUUGUGAAAUAAAAAGUGUAUCUUGAAUGUUUAA